AAUGUGCACUCCCUCCAAGUCUAAUUUCUUAUUCAAAUACAGAGAGAGAGAGAGAGGGGACCGAAUCGACUCGAUCCCAACUCUCCUCUCUUCUCUCUAUUCUUCUCCGCCUCCGUCGCCAUCCAUCCGUUGCUUUCCCCCUUCCGCCCUCUCGGCUCCGUCGCUUUCUCCGCUGACCCCCUCCAUUACUAACCCGGGCUAGGGUUUUGGUCCUCGGCAACGAUGGCGGAAUCCGGGGUCCCCGGCUCGCCGGAGAGCGGUCACUCCGGCGACCACGGCGGCGGUGGCGGAGGAGGAGCGAACGCCAGGGAGCAGGAUCGGUUCCUACCCAUCGCCAACAUCGGGCGGAUCAUGCGCAAGGCCAUCCCGGAAAACGGCAAGAUCGCUAAGGACGCCAAGGAGUCCGUGCAGGAGUGUGUCUCUGAGUUCAUCAGCUUCAUCACCAGCGAAGCGAGCGACAAGUGCCAGCGGGAGAAGAGGAAGACCAUCAACGGCGACGAUCUUCUGUGGGCGAUGGGGACGCUCGGCUUCGAAGAGUACGUCGAGCCCCUUAAGCUCUACUUGCAGCUCUACAGGGAGGUGAACCUCCUACCUUCUCUUCCGUACUUUAACACAGGAACCCCUUUUUGUCGUGCUGUAUUAAUUGGAGGAAUUGCUUCUUUGUUUCUGCGACUAUUGCUGCGAAAUCGAACGUGAUGGUGCCCUAGGUCGAGGGCAACGGCAAGGGUUCACGUCCCGCAGAGCAAUCAGGAAAGAUAGACGGGGCAAUUAAUGGGGACCCAGGUGCUUCGUUCAAUGGCAUGUAGGAUCGGUUGUCGUGGACUCGAAGGGUUGUUCCUAGGAGUGCGUACUAUGUGCUUCAAUCAGAACGAUAGCCUAUGAGUUCUUGCUGCUGCAGACAUAUCUGUUGUUAUUUCUUCAUGUUGUAUAUUGCCUGGCCUUCCAAAUGACCAGCACCCAGAAAAAUUGUUCCAGCCCAUGCAUGUCUUGGACUUGGACCCAUCACUGAUCUCAGCUCAACUUUGGCCUUUGCUAAGAAAUUUGUCUUGACUGUUGUGAAAACAGACUUAUAUAGCUUGUGAAAUUUGGUUAAGGAAUCACUGUUGCAAUGUUUUA